CAGAAGUAUAAAGUAAUAUCAAAACUAAUAAAAUAAAAUAAGUCAGACUUAAUUUAGUCUGUAACUUUUAGAGAAAUAUUAUGUGUUUAUUUGUCUGUGUUUAUAUAUAUCUGUGUGUGUGUGUGUGUGUGUGUCUGUGUGUGUGUGUGUGUGUGUCUGUGUGUGUGUGUGUGUGUGUGUGUGUGUGUAUGUGUAAAUAAAACAAAUAAUGUCUAUUUAGGUAAUCUUUUUAAUGGCUUUACAAUCUUGGGUUUUAGUUGUUUAUUUUGAAAACGAGAUUGAAGCAGAGGCAGUUGUUCCAUCUUGUUGGGUAAAAGAUGGUUGGUUAUUUUGGCCAACUGGUGUUCACCCAAUGAGAGCUGCCUCUAAUAAGUUUCCAAUUGAUGACUCCUGGAACAAGCUUAGAGUUAAAAAAAUUAAAGUAACUGGAGGUCAUUAAGUUUUACUGUCAUUGCUAUUUUAAUUUUUUUAUAUGAAUAAAAAUACUAUUAUAGUUUUAUAUGAAGUACAAUAUCAAAUAAACUGUUCUCUUUCUAUAUUUGGAUAAGUAAUAUUUUGAAUCUGUUUUUAUUAUUUUUGCUUAGAUAUAUAUUAUAAUCUCUUUACACUUAUUUUAGAUUUUAGUUUUUGCAUUAUUGUUUAUAUUUGUUUUACUAAAUAAUUACGAAUAAAUAAAGAAGUAUGUGAAGGGUUUAAUUUCACAACUACAGAAGACUCUGAAGAAGAAUCAUGUAUAUUAAACACUCAUGAAAAUCGUUCAAGAUCACUAGUUUAUCCUGAUGUAACAAAUUCAACAAGAGAUCGUUCACGCUCCCCGAUUGUUCAGUCAGAGAUAGUCAACUUUGAAAUUAAUAAUUCAAAAUCACCUAAAUUACCUCUUCAUCCUAAAAACAUAAAAAACUUUAAAAGUUCUGAAUUAUGUUCACAAAAAAAAUUGGAUUCAUCAAAUUCAUCUUCUCCAGCUUUUUUGGCCGGAACUUCUAAACAGUCAAUUAGUGCGUCUUCUCAGUUUCCUUUAAGUACUGAAAGUAUCACAGAUAGCGAAAAUUGGUGGAGUCAACUUAAAAGAUAAUGUAAAACGUGUUAUUGAGCGGCUGUUAACAAUUGAGUUGCGCUGUUUGUUAAACAUGAAGGGACAAACCAAUUCUACAAACAAAACUAAACAAAAGUUGGCUUUUUCAAAGACAAAAUUGUAUCGUGUUUUAGUUGAGAGUGUCUCAAAAAGAUACCCAGAUGAAGCAGGGAUUUACGAAGCUGUUAAAUCAAUUCUGAAAUAUUCGCCAAUAAAUUUUUGUAGAAAGCAGAAAUUGAAAAUUUAGAGUUUUUAAUGACAUUUUAGGAUAAAUGAUAUGAUUAUGUUGGUGUUUUGUAUAAAGCGCUUUUUUUUUAAAUUUAUUUAAUAUUAUUUA